CAAAAAUUAACUAAUUCUUUGAGUUACACACCAAGAUCUUGUUUUACUUUUUUAAUCCAAUCUAAAAAUGGCUGAAAAAGUGAUAAAAGAUGAUGAUGGACUAAUAGUUUUCAGUGGUGAUGAGGCACUGGAAACCAGAAGGCCAGUUCGUCGUAAUGGUCGUAAAUCACUUUACAUGGCUGCUGUUAUUGCUGCCGGUGGUGGUUUUGUUACAGGUCAGCAUGCAAUUCUGUUUAUGCUAUGAUACAAAAUGCUUAUCGUGCUCUAUGAACGCUAUCUAUUCGCGUUUCUUCUCUUUACCUUUCUUCAGGCUUUGAUACUGGUGCUGUCUCAGGCACGAUGAUUCUGCAGCCUUUCAUUGAUCGGUUUUUGAGUGUGGAUGGCACCUAUCGUGAAUCUUUGAUUACGGCUAUGAUGUUGCUUACUGCUACUAUUGCUGGUGUGUCCUCUGGUUAUAUUUGUGAUAGUAUUGGCCGUAAGAAUACAAUCCUCCUGGGUACAGUGCUUUUCGCUAUUGGUGCAUUGUUUGAAACGAUCGGUCAUAAUUUUGGCCUCUUCUUGACGGGUCGUCUUAUUGUGGGUUUUGGCGAAGGCUUUCUUUGCAAUGGUAUUCCACUUUAUCACAGUGAAAUAGCACCUCCAGAUAUCCGUGGUCGUUUGAUUACAUUGUAUAGUACGAUGUCUGCCUUUGGUACAAUUAUCGGUUAUUUUGUCAAUUUUGGAACUUCUUAUCUUACCAAUGAUUGGAGUUGGCGUACAUGCUUUUUGAUUCAGCUCUUUGCAUGCAUUUUGCUAUUGGGUGCUUACUGGCUACCAUAUUCUCCUCGUUGGCUUAUUGAUAAAGGUAGAAGAGAAGAAGCCUUGGAAGUUCUCGCCAAGCUUCAUGAAUCUUCCGUGGACGAUCCUGAAGUACGUAAUGAAUUCCUUUGCCUCUGUGAUGAAAUUGAGCAAGAACAUGCCUUUGGUGCCCGUUCCUUCAUUGAAUGUUUCCGUGGCACCAACCUGAAGCGCACGCUUUUCGCUCUUUUCAUCGGUUGGGGUGCUGCUUUCACCGGCACAUACUCCAUCAAUUACUAUGCCCCUCAAAUCUUCCUUCAAGCCGGUGUUGGCGGUGUAUCGCUUUCGUUAGCUACUACGGGGGCCAGUAAUAUUCUUACGCUGAUUGUAAGCGUUAUUACCCUGGGUAUUGUAGAUAGGUUGACCCGUCGCGGUAUCUUUGGAUCUGGUGCAGCCAUUUGUGGCGUCUCAAUGUACAUUGUUGCUGCCCUAUUCCAAGCCUAUUGUUAUACUGACGCAGAAGGAAAUGUUGGCUUGACGAACGCUGGCGCUCGCGGUGUAUGCAUUGCUUUAAUUUUCGUUUUCCAAGCGACCUACGCUUAUAGUUGGGGUCCCGUUGCCUUCAUUUACCCAGCAGAAAUUGCUAAUACCCGUACUCGUGCCAAAGUCUGUGCUUUGGCUUUUGGCGUCAACUGGGCCGUUGGUAUUUUCUUUACUUUUGUCACACCCAUUUUGAUGGACAGAACAAUCUACGGUGGUUACUACUUCUUUGCCGCUUGUUGUACCGUUCUUUUCAUCGGCAGUAUGUUCCUUCCUGAAACCAAGGGCAAGACGCUUGAAGAAAUCGAUCGCAUGUUCAACCCUGAAUAAUUUAUAUACGUAUACCAGAAGUAUAUCACUGCACUGCUCAUGUCACAUGCUUCAUGAUGAUCUGACUAACCCACUACACUCUGUUUUGUUAACUUAUUUACCUCUUUUUUUCAUCUACUUUCUACGUAAUAAAUCAACAUAGAUAUCCGCCCGGGCCGCUCGCCACCUCUGGUCUUAUUGCAAGCACUCGA